AUGGAUUGGCAGCGGCAGUUCCCGCUUCUCCUAGCCGUGCUGCUCGUCGCGCUCUCCCUCUCCGGUGACGUCAUCCGUCCCUUCACCGCCUCGCCUGCCGCUUCGCAGGCGCAAUCCGGCUCUGAGUCCGCAACCGCCGCCGCAUCAAUCGCCGCGUCUGGUGCCGGGGGGGCGGCGCAGCAGGUUCGGCAGAUCCUCUCGGAUCGUUAUCCGGACCUGGAGGUCAGCCUCGGCAACCACCCGCCCCCCGCGUACUGCCAGGUCCUCUCGAAGCUGCUCUCCGCGGCGCAGAUGGCGGCGAUCGCCGUGAUUUUCGCGGGAGACUCGCUGCUGCCCGCCGUCGGCCUCCCCCCGCCCUUCCCGCAGUGGUACGAGCAGAUCCGAACCAACCGCCUAGGCUCGGCAGCGACCGUGUGGAUCGUGGGCAACGUGAUUCACGGGUCGCUCGCCAGCACGGGGGCGUUUGAGCUCGUCCUGGACGGCCGCACGCUCUUCUCCAAGCUGGCAGAGGGCCGCAUGCCACAGGUGAAUGAAGUCAUCUCAUUGGUGGACGAGCACAUGCGGGGUAACCACAUGCAGCAUCCCGCCAUGCUUCCCACGUCAACGCUUAUCCUCUCCUCUCCCAACGCCGCCUCUGCUGUGCUGACAGCGCGCUCUGCUUGUACCGAGACUCUCAAGCAGCGUCGCCAGACCGUUCCAUCUCGUUCCGUUUCUAGCGGCUGUGUUUCUCACCAGCUCAAAUCCACCUUUUCCGGGUUUCUUAUUCCUCUCACUCGAUCCGCUAUCAAGAAAUCGGCUCCAAGGAAUCCUCUCCGACGAAACCGCAAUCUUUCUACCUUCCGUGUUGUCGCAUCGUCCAAUCAUCACGAGAUGGCGGCUGCUAGUAAUGCAUCUGAUGCCGCUGGUUCCGGUGAUUCUUCCUCCGGCCUCGUCGUGUGCUUCGGCGAAAUGCUCAUCGAUUUCGUCCCCACCGUCAACGGCGUCUCUCUCGCCGAAGCGCCGGCGUUCAUGAAGGCUCCUGGCGGCGCGCCUGCCAACGUGGCGGUCGGCAUUGCGCGGCUCGGCGGACGAGCGGCUUUCAUGGGGAAGGUCGGGGAGGACGAAUUCGGACACAUGCUGGGAGGGAUUCUCAAAACGAACGGCGUUGACACGUCAGCGCUCAGAUUCGACGCGGGAGCGCGCACAGCCCUCGCUUUUGUCACACUCAGAUCUGACGGCGAGAGGGAAUUCAUGUUCUACAGGAACCCUAGCGCGGAUAUGCUGCUACAGCCGGAGGAGCUUGAUCUCCCCCUCGCUACAAGCGCAUCUGUGUUACACUACGGAUCCAUCAGUUUAAUCACAGAUCCGUGCAAAUCCGCGCAUCUGGCUUUGCUAGACGCAGUGGAAAGCGGCAGCAGCAACACUGUUCUCUCAUACGACCCUAAUCUUCGAAUUCCCCUCUGGCCGUCCUCGGAAGCGGCGCGGGACGGCAUCCUGAGCAUCUGGGACCGCGCUCACGUCAUCAAAGUGAGCGACGAAGAGGUAGCGUUUCUGACCAAUGGCGGCGACCCUUACAGCGAUGACGUGGCACGGUCUCUGUUCAACCGCCACAAAAACAGCAGCAGCGGCGACGGGAAGGGGAAGCUUCGGCUCUUGCUGGUAACUGAGGGGGAGAAGGGGUGCAGAUACUACACAGAGCGGUACCAGGGGAGAGUGGAUGGGUUCAGUGUUGCUGCUAUCGACACCACUGGCGCUGGCGAUGCCUUUGUUGCUGGGUUUCUCCGCCAGCUGGCAGCAGGAGGCAGCAGCGGUAGCAGUGGAUUUGAGGCGUUGGAUUUGUUGCUUGAAGAUGAAGCAAAGCUGAAGGAAGCGCUGCUGUUUGCGAAUGCAUGUGGAGCCAUCACCACCACUGUUAGAGGCGCCAUUCCCGCUCUCCCGGAUGAAACUAGGGUGGCUCAAGUGCUGGGUUAG